AAGCAUCAGGAAUUUUUUACAAAUACGUGAAUUAUUGCGCUAAAUUGCCAACCCAGACCCAGGAAUACCCGGAAAUUCCUUAAUUAUCUAUACAAUUAGAUGUCUUUCAUAGAUGAUUUUCAAGCUAAUUUAGAGGUGCUGCCGAAUAUUUUACAGAAGAAGUAUGCAUUGUUGCGGGAUUUGGAUAAAAGUUUACAUGAAAUCCAAAGACAGAAUGAGCAGCGUUGCGGACAGGAAAUCGAGGAUAUGAAGAAUCGUAUUAAGGAUGGUGGUGUUACGCCCGAUUCUUCAUUUAUGAAAUUUUCAGAUGAGGCGCUUGAUGAGCAAAAGCAUGCCAUCAGGAUUGCUGAUGAGAAAAUUGCAUUAGCUCUGCAGGCAUAUGACUUGGUAGAUGCCCAUAUUCAACAGCUUGACCAAUACUUGAAAAAACUCGAUGAAGAGAUUCGUCGCGAAGGAGAUACUGUGGCUUCAACUGGAUCUGCUGCUCCAGCUGUUGAUAACAAUGUGAAAUCUGGAAAAGCUGGUGAAAGUAGUAGAGGGCGUAAAAAGACCCGCCUUGCUACUGCAACAGCAGCCGCUGCCGCUGCUGCGGCGGCAGCAGCUGCAGCUGCAGCCACAACAACAUCAACAAAUCCUACUGGUGUGGAGUUGGAUCUACCAGUAGAUCCCAAUGAACCAACAUAUUGCAUCUGCAACCAAGUUAGCUAUGGAGAAAUGGUUGCAUGCGAUAACCCUGGUUGCAAGAUAGAAUGGUUCCAUUAUGGCUGCGUUGGUCUCAGAGAGCCGCCCAAAGGGAAUUGGUACUGUCCAGAUUGUGUUGGAACACAAAGGCGUCGCAAAGGCAAAUCAUAGAGUUUGAUAUAAUGCCUCAGGCUGUAUUCAACUCUCUCUCUCUCUCUCUCUCUCUCUCUCUUCUUGCUUUUAGUAAUGUUGUAUCAUUGCAUAUGCGUCCAUGUGACUGAAUAUUGUGAGGAAAUUCUUCUAUUUCUUGGCCAGUUUAUUGUUUGGCGAUAAAUGCUAAUAUUUGCAAGUGUGGGAAAAGCUGAAUAACUAGGAAAGAAUUUGGAAGAAAGAUUCAUUUUUUCUUA